GUGUGACCCUGUUGCAUCAACUCAACCCACCACCAUGGAUCGCGUCAUCUGAAAUAUCAACUUGAAUUAUCUGCUCCAAUUCUAUGGAAAUUUGAAAACGCAGGCCUUCCUGGAAAAUAUCCAGAUACUUUCCUGACCAAGGUGGUGAUGGCCGACGAGGAGGAGGAUGAGCGGUACACUCCCUCAGUGUAUGAAGCGCAGACUCACCUCCAACACACGUCUGGCAACACCUUAUUGCCUGGUCCUAUUGCCUCACUCGUCUCGUUGGCGGCAAGAUCGUCAUCUCUUUAUCUCCGCCUAGGUAUUUUUGUCGGCGGUUUGGCUCUUGAUGGCGCCCGCGCGACAACUUUGACCGGCCUUGAGCUCAGUAGAGCUGUGAUAGAAGCGGUUUUGUCUAGAGCUGCUCACGAUAUUUCUGAUCGUAAUCAUGGCCCGGAUGGUCAAGCACAGGUCGAAAAUUUAUUGGAGCGCAGUCGCUCCAUUCAACAAUCAACAAGGCAUCAUUUGUGGCGUCUGCGGGAUUUCAUUUCUCUUUAGCGGCACUGUCGUCUGCCUCGGAGCUUUCCCGUCAUCUCCUCAACACCCUGGAUGCGAUUUUCGGUGAUACCGAAACUUCCAGGGCUAUUGCUACGAUCAUUACUCUCAUUCGUAGGGAAUUUCAGGGCCCCGAAUCAAGCCUUGAAAGCGAGCGCGUGGGAACUCUCGA